ACACCCAUAAUGACGUUAAAUCAAAAUGGCGGUAGUAACGACUGCUUUGAAUUUUAUACCCGCUUCAUGUUGAGGUUUACUCGUAAAUAUUGAUAUUAAUUCAAAGGGAAUACCAUUUCAGGAUGGAUUCCGUCGUUGGAGAUGAUCAGACGCUUCCCUUUGACAUCAAUGGAAGCUGUAGCAUGUCCAAACUCCCAGACUCCAUAGAUGUCGGGGAUUUCUCCAUGGACAACAUGACAGCCCCUACGUUUCCAGAUAAGAUGUCCCCUGUCAAGACCGCUCUCACCCUAAAAGACUACGAGAAUCAAAUCAUGACUCUGAAGAAGGAGAACUUCAACCUGAAGCUGCGUAUUUACUUCAUGGAGGAGCGCAUGCAGCAGAAAUGUGACGACUCCACAGAGGACAUAUACAAAACGAACAUUGAGCUGAAGGUGGAGGUGGAGUCUAUGAAGAGAGAUCUGGCAGAGAAGCAUGAGCUACUUGUGUCUGCAUCGAAAGCGUUGGAGAGCCUGGCAGGUAGAGAGUCUGGUGACUCCCUGCGUGUGAGAGAGCGAGCCCACAGAGAGAUGGAUGCACUCCGAGACACUCUCAACAAGCGCAUCACUGAGCUGGAGCAGGGUCUGAGAGCGGCCGAGAAGGAAGUCGACAAGAUGGCCGCCAUUGCUGAGCAGGAGAAGAUGAGAAGCAUUGGUAUGGAGAAGCAGCUCUUGGCCCUGGGCCCGUCGGGAACCUUCACCCCCAUCCAUGUUCCCAGCCACGACCUGCAGCAGGCUCUACAGGAGAAAAACGGUGUCAUAGAUCAACUGAGGAUAUCUGUGAUGAACCAGGAAGCUGUGAUCCAACAACUACAAAGUACUGGCAGAGACCACGGGACGGACACACCAACCACCGAGCACACCCUACAACUCUCUGCUCUCAUUGGCCAGAAAGACCAGGAACUGCAGACUCUGAGGGCUGAGCUGGGCCGUGAGAAGGGCAGGACGGAGAAGGACCAUCAGGGUUUCACUGAGCAGCUGAAUGAGGUGAGCAGGCUGGAGACAGCCCAGAGGCAGCUGAAUGAGGAGAUGAACCAGUUCAGAGCAAUGAACCAGAACCUCUCCAUGACCCUGGAGGACAUCCAGAAUAACAACAAGGUACUGUCUGGUAAGUUGGAGGAGACUGAGAACGAGCUGGGCUCGGAGAAGAAGAACGCUCUGAAACGAGACAAAACCAUUCAGGGACUCAGUCUGGUGCUCAAAGAAAAGGAAAAAGAGAUUGAAGAGCUGUGCCAUGAGAUUGAGGACAGGGACGAGGCAUUAGCCAAAGCCAGGGAGGCAGCGCACAAAGCCCAGCUCCAGAAAUACCAGGGUGCGGAAGAGCACCAGUCUCUGCUGAUGGAGAAGCAGGCGGAGCUGUCCCAGCUCCAGGGCGAGCACCACACCAAGCGGCUGGAGGCGCAGAAGCUGCAGCGCUCCCUGGGCAGGAGGGAGCAGGAGCUGGCUGAUCUGCAGCAGGCCAAGGAGCAGCUGGAGCAGGAGCUAGAGGAGCUGCAGCAGCAGAGGAAGAAGGGGGACAAAGCUCUCAAUGAGAUGCAGAACCAGCUAAAGAAGCUUAACGGUGAGCUGGGCGAGAGGGAAACCAGUCUGGAGCAGCAGUACCAGGAGCAGCUGGAGCAGACAAAGAGGAGGCUGCAGAGUCACGAGGUCACCAUCCAGCGCCUUACCACCUGCCUGGCCGACAAGGAGCAGCAGCUACAGGAGUACAUGAACAUGAUGAGAGACAUGGAGCAGAGCAGAAGUCCUGAGGAAAGUGACACUAUGCUGUCAAAGCUGCGAGAACGACUGAAAGAAAAAGAAAAGGCUCUGGAGCAAGCGCUGGAUGAGAAGUUUUCAGCGCUAGAAGAGAAAGACAACGAGAUCCACCAGCUGCGUCUGUCACUCAGGGAGAAGGAGAGGGACCUGGAGAGACUCAACAACCUGCUGUCUCACAAUGAGGACACCAUCAACAGUUUUGACGCGUUGAUCAAGGAGAAGGACGUGGAGCUGCAGCACCUUGCCAACACUAUGAAGAACUUGCAGCGUGCCAAGCAGGAUGUGGAGGACAACCUGAACCGAGCCUGCAGGGAGAAGGACUCCAUCAUCAGUCAGCUGCAGCUGUCCCUGGAGGGCAAGACCAAGGACAUGGAGGCGAUGGCAAGUGCCCUGCUGAGCCAGUCCCAGUCUCAGGCCCGUGACCUUGCAGAGCAGAUGGGUCAGAGGUUAAAGGUGGCAGAGGCCAUGCUGGUGGACGCGGUCAAGGCCCGUGAGAGGCUGGUGGCGGACAACGAGAGCGCCGUGGAGGGCCUGCUGGCCACAAUCGGCAGCAAGGACCAGCUUCUCAAGGAGUCAGCAGAGCACUAUAACAGGACACUGUCUGAGCGCAUCCAGGAGAUCGAGGAGCUGAGGCGACAGCUGUGUACCCGGCAGCAGCAGCUGGCCUCCGCUGAGAAACUUAGUUCCACUGCAACACAGGAGGGUUACCUGGAGAUGGCCAAGCUCAGGGCCUUGCUGACCGAGAAGGAAUCCAUCAUCAUUAAACUUCUGGAGCGCGGCCGGGAGAGGGACCAGUUCCUGGCUGAGUUAAGGCAGAAGGAACCUGCACCGUCCCAGGUGCUGGAGCUCAGACAGACAAUCCAGUUGCUGCAGGAGAGACUGGAGGAGAGGGAAGGUGACCUCUCCAAGAGGAACAACAACGAAGACAGCAUGGAGAAGGUCCCUCUCAUCAAGAAGACAGUGGUCAUCCUGAAGAAGGAGUUGGCUCAGAAGACUGAGGCUCUCAACAAGUCUCUGAAGAGGGAGAAUGAGCUCAAGAUGUCCCUGGCUGAUCUCCAGUCAGUGUUGUCUGAGCUGGAGGGGCGUAUCGAGGGCCAGGCGGCCAGCAUAGAGUCCCUCACCACCACCCUGGAGACCAAGGACGAGAUUAUAAACGACCUCCACCAGUGUCUGGGCCAGAGAGGGGAGAAUCAGACCAAGGAGCCCCAGGAUCAGGCUGCUGAAGCCGGGGUGACGCACUCGCUCCCUGGCCUCCCUCAGCGGGAGAGGACCAUCAUCGGUGGUGACAGCCAACAAGAGGUCCUGCCCUUGUUGGCUGACCUGCAGGUGGAGCACCGCUCUUUGAACCGAGCCCUGAGGGCCGAGCAGCAGCUCUACUCCAGCUUGGUUCGCACCGUCAAGGAACAGGACAGUGCCCAGCGUCUUCACGCCCUCCAGAUGGAGCUGACAGCGGUGACUCUCCUCAGACAGCAGCUGGAAGAAGGGAUCCGGAGCAACGAGGAGCUCAGAGAAGACCUGGAAAGAGAGAUCGCCAGAACCAAGCUCUCAAAAGAAGGGCGCGAGGGCCAGGGCCACGUUGACCCCAGGGAGCUGCAGAGUGUCAGGCAUCAGCUGGAGGACACCCAGCGCUGGAACGCCUCCCUGCAGGCCCGCCUCGGAGUCAUCAAGAACCGCGGGGGAGGGGUGGGUGCCACCAAUGACACCGCUGACACCCUGGGUAGUUUCAUGGCCGACCAGACGUCCUACAUGAGUAUCUGUGUAGGAGAGGGGGAGGGCCUGGACCAUCUGUCUGUAGAGGAGCUCCGACAGAAGGUGAUUGAGCUGCAGGACUAUGUCAGUAGACUGCUGGCUGUGAAUGAGGACCUGCAGAGGACGCUCUCAUUGACUGAGGGCUCAGACCACAACCUAUCACAAAGCAGCUCCGGGAAAGAGCAGCAUCUAGAGCGGAGACAGGAGAAAAAGUCACCGCACAGUGACAGAGUCCACAGUGACUCUGGCCAGGACAGAGGGAGCCAGACGGACAGCGGCCUUGGACAGGUGGUAGAUGGAAGGCUGAAUGACGGCCACCAAUCUGCUGAUGUGACUGUGAGCAGUACCCUGGCCCAGAUCCAGAGAGGGAUAUGGCCUCCCUGGUCUUCCAAAGCCACCAGUGAGAGCCAGUCACAGAGCAGCCAGCAGGGAGAGGUGGAGAGGGACAGAAACUGGGAGCAGCUUUGUUCUCUUCUGUCUGACUGUGGGGCCUUAUCAGUCAACCACCUCAGGGAGGAGCUACAGAGGUUGCGGUCAGAGAAUGUGGACCUGAGGGGUCAAUUAAAGGAGGAGAAAUCCAAGGAGUCCAAGGAGAGCGCCGAUACCUUGGGCGACAUCGGCGACGCACAGGGCGACCUUCGCAAGACAUUGGAGAGGCUGAGGUCAGAGGCAAAAGGUCACCGCAAGAUUAUCCAGUUGCUGAAGGAGCAGCUGGAGAGGACUGAAGCGGUGGUGGACGUAGAGACCCUGUCGGAUAGUCAGCCGGACAUGGUGGUGACGAUGACCCAGGAGAUGGAGAGGCUGCGUUUGGAGCAGGAGGGAGGAGCUCAUGGUAGAGAGAAACUGCUUGAAGGAGAAGAGAGGGGGAAAGCACAGGGAGAUGGUCAUGCCACACAGGGGAACAGCCACACACAGCCUGCCAAGGGACAUUCAUAUCGCAUCGCAAGACAUGGGGCUGGUGUCAAAUCUCGCCUGCCCGUCCCCGUGAGACACAACAAAACAGACACUGCUGGCAGCAGGGAGUCGGUAAACCAGGCGUCAGACGAGUUCUCUGAACAUCUGAGAGGAGACGUACUACAUCAACUAGGCCUGGACCACCACCAUGACCAGCAAACGUCAGACUCUGACUCCCACAGCUCUCCUAGAGCCGCCCAGCACUGCAGCCCAGGCUCUAACCAUAGCAGCACCACUAGGGGGACUACCAGACAGGGCCUGGAGAUGGAGUUCCUCCGAGCUCAGGCCCCCACUGACGCCGAACUCCUAUCCCAGUUGGAGCUCCUCCACCAGGAGUGCCAGGACAAGGAGCAGCUGAUAGACCGUCUGGAGGAGCAGAUGGCUGAGUGGGACGAACUUCAGGCCCAGCUCCGGGAGAAAGACCGGCUCAACUGUCAUUAUAUGGAAGCCCUGCAGGCCGCCGAGUCCACCAUCACUUAUCUUACAGCCUGCAACCUGGACAGAAACAGCCAGGGUGGAGUACUAGGCUCUGGUUCAGAGUACAAACUCCAGAGACAGUGCAUUGAGCUCCAGAAAGCCCUUGAGGAGAAAGAGAGACUCAACACCCAGCUGGUGGAGUGCCUCAACAUGGUCGAGGUGGCCAUUGUCUCGCUCCCCGGCACCUCGUCAUCCGCCAACACCAUGGACGGUCAUUUGGACCCCCAGGAGCUGUGCGCGAGGCUGGAGGCGGCCUUACGGCAGGUCAGUGCUUCUCUUGACCCUCUGGUCCUGAAAACCUCGGUUCCAGGGCCUUCGGGGUACCCCAUGAGCCUCAACGCGGAGCUGCAGAAGCAAGCGGACUCCCUGCAGGAGGCGCUGUGGGAGCAGAGCCGGCUGAACGUCGAGCUGCAGGAUAGGCUGAGGUCAGCUGAGGAGGCUGUCGCAGCACAGCAGGACACUGCCAACACUGCCCCCGCAGGCCUGGAGGGCAAUUACGGCAGGCAGCCAGAAGACCUGAAUGAGAUUCCGAGAGGGAAUGAAACAAAGGAACAGAGAGGUUGGGGAAAACAUCAUGGAAGAAGCAAGUUUGCGUCUGAUGUGAAGAGCAGCCUAGGAUCUGAGCAGGUUGCCAAGCAUCUCUCUGAGUGUCUCAGAGCAGCCGAGUCGGCCAUAGGCUCACUCACAGCUCACUGUACCAACACGAGCACUAGCACCUCUACCACGACCAGAGCAGCUCAAACCAGCUCUGACUUACAACAGCAGCUAGACAGACUACAGAGAACUCUACAGGAGAGAGAAGCAUUGGACGACCUGGGCUCCACUGAACCCACCCACCAACAGACCAGUGAGAACCCCACACGACACACCACCCCUGGUGCUGAAACCCCCUCUCCCCUAGAGCUCCACCAUAACAUCUGCCUCCUCCAGAAGGCCUUCUACGACCUGCAGGAGGAGAGGGGACGCAGGGAGAGGGAAGCCAAGACGAUGGAGCCUGGAGCUUGGGUACCACCACAAGAUGUCCAGGCCCAGCUGGAAAGCCUUCAGAAGGCUUUGAAGGAGAGGAAGAGGGCCUGUAAGAGCCUGGAGGAGAAGCUGGCCAUGGCUCAGUCCAUCAUAGCUCUGCAGAACUCCUCCAAGAAGACCAGUCAUGUAGCAACACAGAGAGCGCCCCCUCUGGAGCAGGAAGACAAGGGCGUGCAGGUGGACCUGCAAGACCUGGGUUACGAAACCAGUGGCAAGAGUGAGGCCGAGGUGGAUAGGGAGGAGAGCAGUAGCACAGAUAUGCAGCUUGUCCCUGGCAGUGCUAACAGCAGCCUACCCUGCCUGCUGAAGCAGGAUCAGGAGGAGCCCUCGUUCUCCUCCACAGAGAACCUUGACACGGCCUCCAGUGCCUCCUACCCCAGCUCCCCCACUCUCAGCUCCCCCAAGGUGAGUCUGAAGAGCCUCCAGACGUUUGACUCCUACGGUCUGUGUGAAGACCCAGCCCAGCUCCAGGCCCAGGUGAGGGAGCUGAAGACCCAGCUAGAGAGCCAACACCAGGUCAUCCUCCACCUGCAGACCAUGCUACGCCGCCGCGCCUCCCUGUCCAGCGAACUGUUGACCGCCACAUCUGACUCCCACACUGCCACGGGAGGUCACACGGGCUCCGAGAGGGGGGAGGAGGGUGGGAAGGAGGAGAGGAGCCUGGAGGGAGAGGGGGAGGUGACGAAGGAGAAGAUGAAGAGUAUGAGCAUGGAGCUGGAGAGGGAGAGGAGCGUGAACAGGAGUAUGAGCGAGCAGCUGUUGCAGGCCCAGCAGCGGAGUCGAUCAGCCUCACCUGCCAGGAUCGACUCCCUGGUGCAGUCGCAGGCGAGGGAACUGUCCCAGCUGCGUCGUCAGAUCCAGGAGAGCCGGGGCCUGGGGGCACUGCAUCGGAUGCAGCUGGAGGAGCUGUCGCAGGCCUUCGAGGAGCUGCUACAGGCCAGCGACGUGGACUACUACGUGGGAGAGGUGUUCCGAGAGCAGCUGGACAAGAGCCUGGGCGUCCUGGAGAGGCUAGAGGGCCGGCUGGAGAAAGGAGACGCUCAACUGGAUAACGAGGACGGGGCAGCACUGGAGCUGGCGCAAAGGCUGUCUAAAGAGUUACAGGAGAAGACCCGUCUGGUCCAGAGUCUACAGAUUCAGCUGCGAGGCCAAACUCCUAGCAGCCACCACAGCUCAGACUCGGACCUGUCGGACAGGGUUUCUAACCAGGCCACAGCCUCCUACCACAACAGCCCCACCCUGCCAGCCUGUAGCAAACUCCAUGGAAACCAGGCCUAUCAUGGAAUGAAAGAGUCCAACGGGAGCUCAACGUCGGCAGCCCAGCAGGAUGGGGGCGUGGCUAAGGAUGGGGGUGUGUCUGGCCCUGGGAUAGUUUCUGGACAUAAAUGGAGAGCCAGGCAGCUCCAGGGCCUGCAGAGGGAGAAUGGGCGCCUGGUGGAGCAGCUGAGGAGCAGCGAGGAGCUUAACGCCACGCUGCGCUGCGAGCUGGACCUCCACCGCUCUAUCCUGGUCCAGGGGAUCUCCACCCCACUACACACCCAGGGAGAGGGGCUGGGGCAGAGCCAGGGACAGGCUGGGGGGUCACCACAGAAGAGGGAGGACCAGAGGGGAGAGGGACACCCAGCUUCACAGCAGGACACUGCCCAGCUAUGCAGCAUGAACCCAGACCUGUUAGCAGAACACCUGUUGGAGAUCAGAGCCCUGAGACAGCGUCUGGAGGAGACCAUCUACAACAAUGACCGGCUCAGAGAACAGCUGGAGAGAAGACUGGGUGAGGUGGAGAGAGACCCAGCCACCAACAUCUUCAUCCACGGUACGGAGGAGCAGGGCCAGCUGACCAGUGAGCUGCGGUUCCUCUGGGGACAGAACCAGGCCCUUAAAGAGCAGCUCAACCUGGGCUCCAGAGACAAGCAGAAGGAGAACGAGAAGCUGCGUGAGGCGCUGGCCAGACGGACGGCCAAGCUGGAGCAGAGCAGGAAGGAGUGUGAGGUCCUGAGACAGGAACACACACGUCUUCAGGACCGCCUGGACAGGAGCAUCCUGGAACACACACACCUCCAGGACACACUGCACUACAGCCGCCAGGAGAUCCACAGGUUGCAGUGUGAGGUGAAGAUGCAGAGACAGCAGCUGUCAGACAGUCAACACCUCCUCCAGUCUCUACGUGUGGAGCUGCAGGUCUACGAACAGAUCAAAACUGGGACACACAAGCACACAGAGUCCAGUGGUACAGCCCAACAGUCUGGUUCAGGGUCUGGGUCGGACCAAGUGGACCUGGGGGAGCUGUUGUCAGAGAUCCGCCACCUGAGGCUGCAGCUGGAGAGGAGCAUCCAGACCAACACGUCCCUGAGGCAGAAACUGGAGGAACAGCUGCUCAGAGGUCCCAACCGCCCAGAUACCAUCAAUAUCAACUAUCUACUGGCUACUUCAGAGGUUACAGGCAGGUCUCCUGGUUGUGAAGGCUGUGAUCCUCCCCGCCACUCCUCUCACGAUCUGAAGCGUCAAGCCCAGUCGGAGAUGGACGCUGUGUCACAGUGUAGUAACAGUUCUGGGGACAGUAUCUCUGGCUCGGCUCCCCCUCCAUCCCGCUUGGUGCCCGGCCACCGCCUGUGGGCCAACCGCCAAGGGCGCCACAUCCUGGGUCUUAUCGAGGACCACAAUGCCCUGCGGAAGCAGAUCUCCGAGGGAAGGAGGCUCACCCGCACCAUGGACACACACCUGCAGGAGUGUGUCUGCACACUCAGCCAGCAGGGGACUGACAACAGGGUGGUGGAGCAGGGUCACCUGAAGGCUCUGUCCAGCAGUGUGAACACUAUGCAGCAGGUCCUGGAGGAGGCUGGCCAGCUGCUCAAACUGGUCUGGAGGGUAUCCCUGCCCUCUGGCACUGUGACCGCAACCAGCAGCCAGCAGGAUGAGCUGUUGAAGAAUGAGAUAGCUAGUCUGAAGAGCCGUCUGUCCCAGCAGGAGCGGAUGCUGAGCGGUGCAGUCAAACGGCUGCGGACCACCAACCAGCUCAAAGAGGGCAUGGAGAGGGUCAUUAUUGACCAGCUGUCGUUAACCCAUGGAGUGCUGAAGAAGGCCAGAGGGAAUCUAGAGACAAAUUAUUAUACCGUCUUUGGGCUGAAAGGCCUGUCUGGAGGACCAGAGGAAGGAGGUCCCGGUCAAUGGUCAGUGACCAUCGGUCCUUCAGGAUCCUCCAAGGGAGUGAGUGUCCUCAGCCCUGCCAGCAGAUACACUGAAUCCCCAGAGGAGAGGAACAGUGACUCCUCAUCCCACUGCAGCUACUAGAGCCGCCGAUCCAAUAACAGUCUACGGUGCCUUCCUCUCGUCACCUUUCCUUUGUCUGCACUGAUAUGUUAUACAGUUUAGCAAAAGCAUUACUGGUUUUCCCCUAAUCUGUUCAAAUUAAGGAAAAGGGACAGGUAGGCACUUUACAUCUCACUAUUGAGAUGUGCCCCUGCUCUAAUACUGUCUGCUUGUUGAGUAACCUUACCCUGAGCUAUGCAAAUAGGACUGUACUUGCACACUUGCCUAUGUUCGGUACAAAAGUUGUAAAAGGAAAUGUAACAUUCUAUCCCUCUUGUAAAUGUAAUUUCUUAAGAUUGUAAUAUCCUUUUUAUACAAUGGAUGUCUUUCCCUGUCAAUUGUGGGUUCUUGUUUGUAUAUUGUCCUGGGCUUCAGAGUGUAAUGUCCUCAAAACAUUAACUAUACAUGAAGACACAAUCAAAAUAUCAUGUUCUACUAGGUAUUUUAUUAGCAAACAUGUUUUAAUGUAGCAGUACGUGAUGCACAAAUGAAAAGUCAAAAAUCCAAGCAACAUUUUUAAAAGGAGAAAACAUCCCUCAGUCCAAGCGUUAGAAAAGUCUAAAUGAUAUAGAAAACAGCAGAUAAAGUAACUAGGCAGCUCAUUACAAAUGUAUAAAUUGAUUAAAUCUGGCGUCACAAUUUGAUAUACGGGUUUGAUUUUUCGAUACCAAAAGGUCUUGUCAGAAAUGACCUAUAAAACUAGGCCGGGGGAAAGACUGGACACUGUCAACCAGACAGAUGUUCAAUAGCACCAAGAUCUGUUACUACUGAUUCCUUUAGAGGUAAAUGUCUACAGUCUCUCAAUGGACUUUUUUUUAGCUAGCCCUUGUAAGCAGCUGUAUCCUCUGUUUUGACAUUCCCACUGAGGUAUAGUAGGCUAUAAGCACGACAAAUUGGAGAUAUGACCCAUGUGUAUGGGAGCAUUUUCUGAACACCCAAAGCCCAAUUGUUAGAAUCUGGCACGUCAGGACUUUGUACAGCAGAUUCGAAAGGUGACUGGCUUGACAUAUCACUUCAGCUGAAAAGAAUGAACCGACACCGUUGCACCGUGAAAAGUAUAAUUCAGAAGAGAAUGGUUACGGUGCCGUGUGAGGAGAAUACGAUAGCCAUGUGUUACUAGAGUUUUGCAGGCCCAUAACUUCUUAACAGGAAAACCUCCUGGCCUUAGUCGUACACUCCACGUGGUGGGUCUACCUCUGUAUGUGGCGUACGAAGGCCUGCACCAGCUGGAUGAAAGGCUCCUGACCCUCGUGGCUGGCCUUAGCGCCUGGGGGCUGGGGAGAUGGCAGCAGGCUGCUGGCCGGGGACGAGGGGGCACCACGGCGGAAGUGACGGGACAGGCUGGAGAGGAGGGUGCUCUGGAGGGGAGACAGGCAUCACAUAAUAUUAAAAUAGCUUUUUUUUAAAAUUAUUAUUAAUUGCAGGCUACUAGAAACAAGACACUGAGCUGAUGAGAACAGAUGGGACUAGAGUGGAAUGGCAAAGAACUAGUCUGGUGGUACUUUAAUGAUGCUUUGAGUUUGAAUGAAGAGAAUGACUUACCAGUUCAGAGCCAAGCUCCUGUUUGAGUCUCUGUUUGUCUCUGGGGGCGAUGCUGGGGUCCUUCAGACAGCGGACGGCCUGGGAGAUGAGCACGUAGAAACAGUUCUCCAUGGUGAACAUCAGCAGAGACCUGGAAGGACAGUCACACAUACCAGUUAGAAAUGACCAAUAUUACCACCAGUGAGAACAACUUUCUCUCUGUCUCCUUACUUGAGGGCUUGGGUUUCCUCUGACGAGGCCAGGGAGGCCACACUCAGAGAGGCUGGCUCCUUCUUCUCUACCUGAAUAUGGACAGAACACAGAAAGUCAAAUGUACAGUACAAUAUAUAUUUCCUCAUUUGCAAGAAAUAAAAUAAUUUCAAUGUCA